AUGGGAACGGGCGGUGGCAGUGCGGCUGACGUGUGUCGCGUUGCAGAUGGGCGGGCGGGGAAGCACGCGAGCGGCGGCGGUAGGCGGGCGGCCCGAUGCGCCCGCGUCAUGUGGCGCGUGCUCUUGGCCCUGGCGGCCGUCAGCGCCGCCGCGCGCGCCUCCCACGACGUCGUGCGGUCCUUCUCCGAUCCACAAGCCGCCCCGACGUCACUGUUCAACCACCUGGUCGUCGACCGGAACACCGGCCGCGUGUACGUCGGCGCCGUCAACAGGAUCUACCAGCUGUCUCCGGAUCUAGAGGUCGCGCAGUCGAUCGUCACCGGGCCCGUCAACGACUCUGCACUAUGCACCUUCGACUGCCCGCCGAACUUCGUCAAGAAGCCUGCGGACAAUGUGAACAAGGCGCUUGUUAUAGAUUACGCCACCAGUCGUCUGAUAACGUGCGGCUCGGUGCUGCAGGGAUUAUGCUCGGUGCGGAAUUUGAAUAACAUUUCUCACGAUGUGCGUGAGGUCCGCGAACCAGUGGUCGCGAAUAACGCUAGCGCUUCAACAGUGGCUUUCAUCGCUCCCGGACCACCCAAUCCACCAAUGACACAGGUGAUGUACGUGGGUGUAACUUUUACGGGCAAUUCUCCCUACCGUUCUGAAGUGCCCACCGUGAGCAGUCGCUCUUUAGAGGAUGAUCGACUCUUCAUGAUAGCCAGAACGGCAGUCACAACAGGCACUAGAAUGUUCGUCAAUUCUUUGUCUAGAGAACGAUACCCUAUAAACUAUGUAUACGGCUUCAGCUCCGAAGGCUUUAGUUAUUUUUUGACGACUCAACUGCGUGGAGUCGGCUCCGAUACCUAUUACAGUAAAUUGGUUCGUGUAUGUCAUGACGACGAAAACUAUUACUCCUACACCGAGAUACCGAUGUCGUGUACAGGAGAGGGUGGAGGCAACUUCGGCUACAAUCUUGUCCAGGCGGCCUUUGUAGGAAAAGCAGGCUCCGUGCUUGCUUCUGAACUCGGAAUAACAGCACAACACGAUGUUCUAUUCGCUGCUUUUAGUCAAAGCGAAUCAAUAAACACGAAUACGCCAUCCGAUCUAUCAGCACUUUGUGUUUACUCCCUCAAAGCUAUCAGGCGGAAAUUCAUGCAAAAUAUUAAGACCUGCUUCAGUGGAAAUGGCUCGCGUGGCCUGGACUUUAUUUCACCAUCUCACGCUUGUAUCGGUACGAAAUUACAAUCAAUAAGCGAAGAUUUCUGCGGGUUGGAUGUUAAUACGCCUUUAGGAGGCGAGCAGCCGGUAGAAGCAGUACCUGUGGCAAUAUUUAAAAAGAGACUGACAGCGGUAGCGGCGACGGCGACCGGAGACUAUACUGUAGUCUUCGCAGGCACAGCAGAGGGACAUCUCAAGAAGAUAGUCGUCGAAAGUGCCACUUCAGCGUUCGAGUAUGGAGACAUCGUAGUCGACGAGCGCUCCCCAGUUAACAAAGACUUAUUCUUCGAUACUCAAUUAAUGCAUUUAUACGUAAUGACUGAGCGUAAAGUGUCCAAAGUGAAAGUUCAAGAGUGUAGCGUGUACAAAUCUUGUUUAACAUGCCUAGGCGCCAAGACCCUUACUGUGGUUGGUGUUCCUUAG